AUGCUAAUCUUGCAAGAUUUGUGUAUACCACUAGAAGUUGCACAAAAAGGCAAACCAUUUACAGAUGUUUCAUCCUCCAAAAAGAUUCUAGAAAGUUCUAGUAGUAUUUUGAGACUUAAAAAUAAUGUCAGUUGGACAACAGAGGCAAGCUUGGAGUCAGAAAACUUUGACAAGGUUGAAAAUUUUGUAACGAAGUCUAAAGCGUCUUCUUUCAGAGAUAACGUAGGUUCUUUAGAAUCUUUUCAAGCGCUGGAGACUUCUGAUAGGGGAGAUUAUCCCAGAGUAGAGAGUUUAGCGAGUCACACAGCUUCUGCUCUUAGUGGGUUUGAGAGUUUACUUAGAGAUUUAACUUCUGAAGAACCAAAUGGAUCUACGCUCACUAACAAAUCUAGUAGCUCUGACAGUAAUGCUCAUACCACAUCUUCCACCGCUGAAAAGUAUGCGUAUAUCAUGUCUGAAUCAACAACCGGCUUGUCUAGCAACGAAACUUACAACAUUAAUCGGAUCAAUGAAUCAUUUGAUACAACACUGGGAAAUAUCAAUAAAAAUAACAAAAUCAUAUUGAAUAGUACAGACAAUAACUUGACUUUAUUUUUAUCAACCAAUACUGAAGCUGAGCGCUCUUCGAGAUAUGAAAAUUUUACAUCGACACUUUUACUUAAAUACAGUUGUCCAUUUAGAUGCAAUAAAGGUCAGAUGUCUAAAAGUGCUGGAUUCGUGGGUGGUGAAGAAAGUCUGAGUCACUAUUGUCGCUACUGCAAGUGCGAAAAACAAAAAUGCGAAGUUUACGACAUGUGCUGUCCAGAUUUUUCUGAACCUUAUCUUAACCAGUCCAAGAGCUUGCUCAAUCUAAAUGAAAGUGUUAGCAACUUUACUUCAGGGAAAGAAAGAUUCCGAAUCGAUUGCAAGCCUGAUCAACCCAUGAUGAUUAGAUCCUGCCAGCCCAGAACAGAGUCCAACAUGACAGUGGUUGAACUCUGCGAGUCAGACAGACUUAUCAACGUAGAAACUGUGACGGCUGUUUUCGACAACGUUACUAAGGGAGGCAUCCUACCCGAACAAAGAGAGUCCCUCACCACUUUCCUUCUCAACUUUGACGCUGAUUCGUACAUGGCGCCCGAAGAGCCCGGAACUCCCCUUGUGUUUUAUCGUGCUUAUUGCAGCGCAGGGGAAUGGUCGAGUCCAGAUUUUCAGCAAUGGCUGAGCAAGUUAAAUGUCGAGUACAACAUUACAGCAGACGUCUUCAAUUUGACAUCUCAUUGCCAAGAUGUUUCAUUGUACUUUACUGCUUCCCCGUGUAAGGUGAAACUUAACGCCAGAUUGCUGGGUCCAGACAAUGUCUCAAGAGAUGAGUUUGAAUCUUUGGUUCUGGAGUACUUUGUAAAUGGUUCAAUAACUUUGGAAGAAGAACUAGGUGCAUAUUUUACCUUAGAAACUUUGUACACAACAUCUUGGAAGUCUGCGCUUGUAGAUUUUAUUACAAUGAAUGAAAGUGUACUUGAUGUCUCAAGGGACAGUACCUAUAUAAAAAGCGCUAAAUACGGAAGUAAAAUUGCUGAAGAAUUGCUCAUAGAAAUGACUAACCUACUCAGAUGUGGUCACGUGACCUUCAACAAGUCUGAAUACCUGCUAAAUGUGCUUGGAAGCGGUUUGCUUUCAGAGUUUAAGUUGACUAUUAAUCUUAACGUCACAAAAGUGACACUUUCAGAGGCUAAAGAUCUAAACUACAUCCUCCUAGAGGAGAGCGGAGAAUUGAAAGUGUGCCUGGAGAUUCUGGAGAACAAACUGAAGGAGAUUCAAGAAGCGAACAAGUUUUGGAGACGAAAUUCUAAUGCUGCUCUGUACGUCGUAAGCCUAACGUGUUCAGUGGUGUCACUUGUCUGUCUUGUAUUAACGAUUUCGACAUAUCUCAUACAUCCCGUUUUGAGAACCUUCGCAGGCAAGAACAACAUGAUGCUGUCACUGAGUCUUCUGUUGGCGCAGACAUCUCUUCUAGCAGCUGCCCAUAUGGAAUAUACGGGCAACGUUUGCACUUUUCUGGGCAUGUCAACUCACUUCCUUUGGCUGUGGAUGUUCUCGUGGACUUUCAUCUGUAGCCUGGACAUGUUCCUGGUGUUCACUGCCAAGACUCGCAGAUCCUGCUGUGAAAAUGAGUUCAAGUCCUUCAUCAAGCGAUGUCUCAUCUCUGUAGUCUUGCCCAUGACAGUAGUUUCUGUUGUAGUGGUGGUCACUUACAUCCGAACCAGUGGUCAAGAUAUCGGUUAUGGAUCAAUGAGAUGCUAUUUGGAUUCAAUUGUUUCUACUGGUGUCGCAUUAGCCGGUCCUCUCUUCACCAUUGUCUUCUGUAAUACAAUCUUCUUCGUCACUACCGUUGUCAAGAUACACAAAGUUCGACAACUCAAGACAUCUGACUUGAAGAAGGAGGAACAGAGUGAUCUCAUUGUCUACGUCAAGUUGUCGGCCAUGACAGGCGUCUUUUGGCUUCUGGCUACAAUCGCACAAGUGUCACAAAACAAGUAUUUUCAGUUCAUCGUUGAGCCAAUCAACGGACUCCAAGGUGUUUAUAUCUUCAUGUCUUACGUCUGCAACAGACGUGUGCUCAGGUUGUUCCUUCGUAAGGAAGAGGUCAAGGCCACGAAAACCAGCUCCAUGUCUGUAACGACAAAGGAAACAGAGAAACAGAACUAAGAGCGUUGCUUGUUUUUGUGAAACGUUAUUAGCCCAGAAAUUUGGUCUUAAAUUGAGGUUUAAUUAACAUUGUGUUCGCACAGUUUCAAAUCAAUAGAAAUCUACCCUGACAUCUGAAUAAAUUAUUGAUUUU